GUGACUAUUAAUAACUUGACAAAAUGGCGCCUAAUCCGAAACCACCCGAGCCUUACCGGACAGGGAGAACAUCAGCCCUUAAAGUGGAGGAAAUUGUUAACAUUCUGAGGAGUCGGGAUGAGAGCAAGACCAUCCAGACUGCCCCCGCCACACCCCAUGGAGGGGAGGUGUACCUCUAUAAGAUAACCUCGGGAAUGAGAGAAGAUAUCUGGAAGGAUGACAAAUAUCACUUCAGAAGUGAUGGAACUCGGAAGCAGCCUGGCUUAAGUCCAGUCAUAGUGAAGCAGUACCACAAGGCUUACACCGAGGACAAGGCGACAACAAGGGCCUUUGUCAGAGAAGCAUCGUAUCUGUACAACCAGCCUCUGAAACACGUCCUAGUGCAAUAUAUCGGGGACCACACACAAGCACAGCCUGCUCCCCAACGCAAGAAGCGUGGUCAACAGACAGUUAAUACCUCAGGUGACAGUAAAUGUAGGAAAGUAGAAUCAACUGGUAGAGCUGUGCAGUCGGGGGUCACGGAGAACACUAACUCCAACCUGGACCCUGAAGUUCAUUCAUCACCGACAGAAUUGGAAAAUAACGGUAAAUCAAACACUAUUCUAGGUGUAACAUUGAAUGAAGCAAAGGUGUCAGAGACCGAAACAAAGAAUGAUCAUGACACAAAUCAGAAACGCUGCAGGUCAGGAGAUCAUAGAAGUGAUGAUGACAUUGAAUAUUUGGGUACAACGUCAGGCUCCCCUGUCAAGAAACCUCGUUUGCAGCCUCAGGUUGACAAUGACAACACAGUUGCAACCUGUGUCACUAACACACCCUACGUUUAUCUGUACACAUUUCUAGAAGAAGUAGAAAGGAAUCGUGAUGUGAUAAAGGUCGUGCAACAUGUCCUAGCAUUAUCUAGGUUCUGGAACAAGGACUGUACCAACAAAGGCAAUCCGUGCUUGUCACUCAUUGAAGAGGUCGACAAGAACUGGAAUCUAGAUGCAAUUAAAGCAAGGAACUGGGUUAAAUGUGCUGUUAAUACUGACGGUCUGAGCUGGAACCAAGACGGUUCAGUUUACAUAAAGCUCAUCGCAGCAGUACUUGUUGGAGCAUGUCAUACCAGAACUGAAGUUUACGACUUUGUGAAAACACUGAAGGAUCCUCCUUCACACCUGCAGCAUGUACAAGAGGACGUCCCCCUGUCACGUGACUGUACAUACACAGUUGGCUGCUACACCAUCAGAGGAGAUGUUCUGUCUCGCCUGGAAACCAACGAGUGGCUGACAGAUGAAAUCAUGGACAUAUACCUGCACCUCCUGGAGAGAGAGUGGUGUUCCCGUGUCAGCUUCCACUGUCUGGUGCUGCCUACAGAGACAAUCCUACUGUGGGAGGCAGGACAGUACACAGACAGAAUAAGGGGGAAAGAUGAAAAUUUGACAAACUACACGUGGAUCUUAAUGCCAGUGAACAUGCCACGUAAUCAACAUUGGGUGCUACUGGUGGCUAAUGUCAAGGAUGGAACAGUGGGCGUGGUUAAUUCUAAACCCUCCUUAGAUGUGGAGGACAAGGUUGUACAACACUGGAGGCUCUUUGUAAACCACUUGAAAUCUACGUCUAAGGAAAGGAGCAAGUCAUGGAUGAAGAAACAGUACCCGGGGAUAGAACAGUCAGAUGGACACAGCUGUGGGAUAUUCGUUCUGAUGGCUGCUGAUGCAAUUUUGUCGGAGAAGUCUCCAGGCAUCAUGAGGAACUGUCACGUUGAGAAAUACAGGCUGUAUGUACUUCAGAGGAUACUACAGUAUGCCAAGGACAAGGGAGAUAUGCAUGGUGGACGAAAUCACAUGAUGGCAGUUGAUCGACAGGGUAAUGUCACAAACGAAAUUCAAACUGUAACGCUGGAGACAAGAGAUGUACUGGAAAAUAGCUGUACAAUGACAACAGAACAAGGAGGUCCAACUAUUCAUGAAGAGGAUGGACAUGAAACACAUGAAGGAACCGACUGUGCUAUCGCCAGUGAUGAAAAUACAGAGGACUAUCCAUGUUUGGAUCAGCACCUGUUGCAUAAGCAGAAGAUGGCAUGCUUGUUAGUGGUUGCUUUGGCGGAGAAUAACCUGGAGGAGAGGAUGCUAUGGGCAGGGUCUGACACAGGGACUCGCGUGGAAAGAGAAACCUACAAAAAAUAUAUUGUUUGGGCACUCAAGGUUUUUGACAUCAAUGAAGAAGAAUACACUGAAAAUAUGAUGAAACCUAUUUUAUCCCAAUUGGCGGGAUGCUGUCUCCAUCAUGAAUCAGGGUCAUAUAGAAUAAGAAAUCAUGAAGUAGCAAUAAAGCUAAGAGAAAUACUGCUCAGUGAUGUGGGACAGUUGGUUGAAAGGAUGGAUCUCGAGUUCAUAUUUCGUUAUGUGACAUUUAGAGGUGAUCCAACCGAAGAGGAACAACUAGAUGUGCCUUUUAAAAUCGAAUUGAAACAUGAUGAUCUGCAUAUUGUAGCAAGGCGGUUUGUUGCAGCUGUACAUGACAGAAAGUUUGCCUUUGUGUGCAUGCAUUCACUAUUCCAGGUAGAGACAUUUGUUAAUAUGGUUUGGGAGAAUCUCUUGCAUAAUCUGAACAAGGACAGAUCUGAACUGUUGAAAGUAUUGUCAAAAAAUGACAUUAUAUAUGGAUAUUCCUUUCUGUUUUGGGCGAGCGUCACAGGCAACUCGAAUUUGCUGAAGAAAGCAUUGAACAGUGUUCAGUUUAAGGUAAAGAACAGACAGGAAGCCUUGUUUGGAAGUUGCUUUGGGAGUAGUUUGGCCAACUUCGAUUACUUGUGUUCCAAAAAUAACUGGAAGUUGGAUAUGUUGUGUAUGACGCUACCCGAGCUCCCAAGACCUCUUAUCAUCAAACUGCAGUUGGCAGUUGUAGAUGAUCUGAGAGUAAAGUUUGGUAAAUGUUCACUUUUGGACAUUGCCUGUAUGGGUGGGUUGUCUACAGUGGCUUCCAGACUGUCACAUUUGAUGAAGACGAGCCAGAACAAGAACAGUUCAAGAAAGAAUACUUAUGUACAUUAUGCAGCCAUGUGUCAAAAGGGCAAAGAUAUCAUGGAUAUAGUUAUAAAGAAGGGACAACGUAGCAUCAAUAUCAUAGGUCCUGAAGGAUCAACACCUUUUCAUUACUCAUGUGCAGUUGGAAAUGUUAGCAAUGUAAGCUACCUGUUACAGGAAGUACUGGACAUUGGUAAGCCAAACAAGAAGGGUGAAACUGGACUUCAUUUGGCAUGUAUAUAUGGGAAUGCAGAAGUUGUUAAAAUGUUAUUACAGAACAAGGGAAUAAGUCAUGUGACAGACAAUUAUGGCAGCACACCUCUACAUGAUGCAGCCUGGCAAGGACAUAGGGAGGUUGUGGAGGUGUUAUUACAGAACAAGGCAAAUGUGGAUGAGAAAGAUAAGAAAGGCCGCACACCUCUACAUCGUGCAGCCUCCCAGGGACAUAGGGAGAACAAGGCAAAUGUGAAUGAGAAACGGAAUGAUGGCCGCACACCUCUACAUGAUGCAGCUUACCAUGGACAUAGGAAGGUUGUGGAGGUCAGCACACCUCUACAUGAUGCAGCCGACCAGGGACAUAGGAAGGUUGUGGAGGUGUUAUUACAGAACAAGGCAAAUGUGAAUGAGAAACGGAAUGAUGGCAGCACACCUCUACAUGAUGCAGCCUACCAUGGACAUAGGAAGGUUGUUGAGGUGUUAUUACAGAACAAGGCAAAUUUGAAUGAGAAACGUAAUGAUAUCAACACACCUCUACAUCUUGCAGCCUGGCAGGGACAUUGGGAGGUUGUGGAGGUGUUAUUAAAGAACAAGGCAAAUGUGGAUGAGAAAGAUAAGAAAGGCCGCACACCUCUACAUCGUGCAGCCUACCAGGGACAUAGGGAGGUUGUGGAGGUGAUAUUACAGAACAAGGCAAAUGUGAAUGAGAAACGUAAUGAUGGCAGCUCACCUCUAAAUGAUGCAGCCUACCAGGGACAUAGGGAGGUUGUGGAGGUGUUAUUACAGAACAAGGCAAAUGUGGAUGAGAAAGAUAAGAAAGGCCACACACCUCUACAUCGUGCAGCCUCCCAGGGACAUAGGGAGGUUGUGGAGGUGUUAUUACAGAACAAGGCAAAUGUGAAUGAGAAACGUAAUGAUGGCAACACACCUCUGCAUGUUGCAGCCUGGCAGGGACAUAGGGAGGUUGUGGAGGUGUUAUUACAGAACAAGGCAAAUGUGGAUGAAAAACGUAAUUAUGGCAGCACACCUCUACAUAUUGCAGCCUACCAGGGACAUAGGGAGGUUGUGGAGGUGUUAUUACAGAACAAGGCAAAUGUGGAUGAAAAACGUGAUGAUGGCCCUACACCUCUACAUGAGGCAGCUUACCAGGGACAUAGGGAGGUUGUGGAGAUGAUAUUACAGAACAAGUCAAAUGUGAAUGAGAAACAUCAAGACGGCAGCACACCUCUACAUCUUGCAGCCUGGCAUGGACAUUCGGAGGUUGUGGAGGUGUUAUUACAGAACAAGGCAAAUGUGGAUGAGAAAGAUAAGGAAGGCCGCACACCUCUACAUGAUGCAGCCUGGCAGGGACACAGGGAGAUUGUGGAGGUGUUAUUACAGAACAAGGAAAAUGUGGAUGAGAAAGAUAAGGAAGGCUGCACACCUCUACAUCGUGCAGCCUCCCAGGGACAUAGAGAGGUUGUGGAGGUGUUAUUACAGAACAAGGCAAAUAUGAAUGAGAAACGGAAUGAUGGCAGCACACCUCUACUUGAUGCAGCCUGGCAGGGACAUAGGGAGGUUGUGGAGGUGUUAUUACAGAACAAGGCAAAUGUGAAUGAGAAACGAAAUGAUGGCAACACACCUCUACAUCUUGCAGCCGUCCAGGAACAUUGGGAGGUUGUGGAGGUGUUAUUACAGAACAAGGCAAAUGUGAAUGAGAAACGGAAUGAUGGCAGCACACCUCUACAUAAUGCAGCCUACCAGGGACAAAGGAAGGUUGUGGAGGUGUUA